AUGCACCUCCAGCCCGCCUGGGCACCCGAGCUACAGCCGCCUUCUGCGUGCAGACAGCAGCCUCCAGGCAACUCCCGAGCCCGCCCGCACUCCCCACAUCUCCGAAGCAGGGCCAAAUGUCCCUGUGGCUGUGGCCAAGCCAGGCGGUCUGUCCUGCAGCAGCUGCACGGUGGCGGGAACCGACCCUCAGCCCCAUCCCCGGUGGCUGCAGAGGGCCCCUGGAUAGAAAUCUGGAGCUCUGGCAGAGGAGGAGCUGGGCGGGGGCAGGGUCUGGCGGGCUCUCAGGCCAGGGGCACCGGCGAUCCAGAGGCCGCUCAGGGCAUGCUCCACCACCUGGGCGCCCAGCUACAGGCGCCGAGCAACUCCCAAGCUGGCUGGCGCGCACAGCCUCGUAGAACCGGGGCUAGAUGUCGCCGUGGCUGCGAUCAAGCCAGGCGGUCUACCCGGGGGCGGCUGCACCGGGGCAGGAACCGACCCUCAGCUCCAUCCCCGGUGGCUGCAGACGGCCCCUGGGGCGGCCUCGAUCCCUCUUCGGAGGAGAAGAGGGGCGGGAGUCAUGGCCAGGCGGGCCUUCAGGCGGGAAAGGAUGCGCGCCUGCGAUUCCGGGAUGUCCCGCGCCAGCCCAGGAGAACCCGCAAGCCAGCGGCACCUGUUUCUCUGUGUGAUUCUUUGAGGAACAACCAAACUGUUUUCCACAGCAAGUCCAUCAUUUUCUAUUCCUAG